AUGACCAAUGACCUGAUUAUUGCAAGUAUUUUUGGAUAUAUAGAAUUAAAAUAUGACCAAGUUAACCAACAUCUUUUGGAUUUAACAAGAGAUAACAAACAUGAAACAGCACGAGCUUGGGAAAAUUCCAUGCUCCAACAUAGAUUUCCACAAACUUUAAGCAACGAAUGGUUGAUAUGGAUCGUAAUACAUCUCCAUUCGGAAUUACGCAAAAUAACUCGUGAGAUAGACUUGAUAUUUGGAGUACAGAUAACUUUCAAAAUGGGAUGUAAUUUUUUGUGGUUAGCGCUCGAUUUGCGUGAACUUUUCAACGCGAUACUCAUCAACAAUUACAUCAAAACUAAUAAAAUAUUAUUCAUUGUUAUGUCAAUAAUCUGGCUUUGUCAUACUAUUUUAAAAAUGAUCUUCAUUAAUUAUUUAUGCGAAAUAGUCUGCACUAAGGCAAAUGCGACAAGAAAUUUAAUAAACAAAAUACCGUAUUCUACUUAUGAUUUUGAUGUUCGAGAAAAUAUGUCACAGUUUCUAUUGCAAAUAACUCAAGCACCAGUCAGAUUCCACGGAAUUGGACUUUUCCAAUAUGGCUACAAAUUUCUUUAUGGGUUUACUUCAUCAGUUACAACCAUUGUAGUUUUAUUAAUACAGGCGUGCAUA